AUGACAAACGUUUACAAGAUUGAAAAUCUUGAAGAUCUUUUACAAUGUGCAAUUUGUCUUGAUCGAUUUCGAAUACCAAAAGUUCUUUCUUGUCAACAUACAUUUUGUUUAACAUGUUUACAAAGAACAUACAAUACUCAACAUCGAACAUUAACUUGUCCGACAUGUCGAAAAGUAAUGAAUUUAAUACAAGGUCCUGAUGAAUUACCUAGUAAUCUUUUAUUAAUCAAUUUAAUGGAUGUUCAACCUGUAAAAGCAAAAUGUCCAUGUUGUCAGAAAGUAGAAAAAUUAACUAUAUGUGAACAUUGUAAUUGCACAAAGUGUACUGAUUGCAAUGAAAAACAUAUUAAUGAGAUUAGACAAUCAACAAAAACAAAACUUGAUGAAUUACAAAAUACAAGUCAAAAUGAUUUAAAAGUGUCAAUUCAUGAUGCUUUUAAAAAUAUAAGAAAUGAAAUAUAUAAUCAAUUUCAAAGUAUUAGACAACAACACGAUUCCAUGCUUUUAACAAAACAAAUGGAUAUAUUGAAACAACUUGAUACCCAUGAACAAACUUUAUUAGUACAUGUUGAAAAUGAUCUUCAACCUCUUGAACAAUCUAAACUUGAAUUAAUUGGAAAAAAUUAUCAUCUCGAAAGUAAAAAUGAACCUGAAUUAAUCAAUUUAUUAACAAAAGUGUCUGAUAUUCAAUCUCGUCUAGCUGAUAAACUUGUCGAACAUCGAACAUAUUUAAAUUCCAUUGAAAUAUCUUUACAAUAUGAUCAAGAUCGACUUGAUCAAAUUAAUAAAAUGUGUAAUAAUAUUCAAUUAAAUAUCACCAAUACAAAUGAUGAUAAAUCUAAUCAACAAACUAAAUUAUCUAUUCCAUCUGAACAAAUCUAUAUAACAUUACGAACAUUUCUUAAUCAAGAAUAUAAAUGUCGAAUAUCAUUAGAUAAGACAAUAUAUGAAUUAAAACAAAUUUUUGGUAAACAAGAAAAUCUUAAUCCAAAUCAUAUAACAUUAACAAAAUCUGGUAAUUAUUUUGAUCAACUUGAUGAUAAACGAACAUUAAAAUCUUAUGAUUGUGAUGCAACAACGAUUCUUAUGAUUUGUAUUCGAAAAUGA